GCCUGCACAUUCCUCCAGCAGGUUUCUAGCCCCCGCUCAGCCCUGGCUUCUGCAAGGUCCUCUCUAGUGGCCACAGGCCUCUUGUCACUGCACCUGUCACCCAGCAGGAGCAGCAUCUCCCAGAGCAGCCUGCACACCAGAGACCCAUCCCUCCCCCCAACAUGGGGCGCCUACCCCUGGGCAGUGUCUCCCCCUAUGUGAAGAUGAGCUCUGGAGGGAGCAUGGACCCAAUGAAAUUCUAUGCCACCAGCUAUGGCACAGCUUACGGUCAGGAGAAGUUCCAUCCUCGUGUCGGAUGCCAUUUGGGAACUGGGUACAAAUCCAAUUACCCGCCUGUUGUCUACUACAAGUCCAGCCUGGACAGAGUGGAUAACCCAGCCAUGGGGCUUCUCCUGCGGGAUAACUAUGAGUCAGUGACCACCCAGCACUUCCGUCCCCUCCAGGUGCCUGAUGGCAAGUGCCCACUGCCUUGGAGCGUCCACCAGGCAGGGAGUGGGUUUGUUCGGGAGAAGCCCAUUUCCUGUCCCACUGUCAAAGCAGGACCUCACUACAUGUCCACAGAGUAUAACUCCAAGUUCCGCUUUGAGAUGCCCAGGCAGCCAGAUUUCCUACAAAGGAAGACCAUUGGAGUCAAGGAGGAGACAGGAUUCACUGAGGAGGUCCGCCGGAACCUCAUUGUACCACAGCCACUGAGGAGUCAGCCUGGCAUCAGCAUCACCAAGACAGACUUCUUACCCUCUACAAUCCCCCACGGUGAUGAAUUCCUACCUGUGCUAGCAAAAGGCUCCAAGCGGGAGACAGGAUUCAGUCAGGGUGCCACAGACCCAAAGGGAUCAGUGCCCUCUCUAAGGGUGGAGGACUCUGGUCCCCUUAGCCAUUCCCAUUUCCAGGGGCUCCAGAGGCCUCUGCAGACCCAGACCAAGUUGCUGGGCCGGGAGUACGUGGGAAAAAAGGAGCCUUCAGGGUUCAGUAUCAACAAUGGCAAGUAUGUGACACCUCCUUAUGACCCGGACAUGCCCAACCAGUACCUGACCAGCUACAACUCCAUGUUUUACGAGAAGAUGCUGAAGGGGGUAGACAGAGAAGGAUGGACCCGGGGAGGGAUCCAGCCCCAGCAGCCAGGUGGCUUCACCACUAACAACCACGUCACUGACCUGGGCAGCGACCCCAAUGCCACGGAGACCCUGAGACGAGUCCAUCCCCACGUUGGCAGGGUAAUCACAACAGUGGACCCAUUUUAUCGUGAUAGCCCUCAUGACCACCGUUUCUCAGCUCUUCACCAAACUGCGGUACCUGAGUAGGUAAGAGACAUGUAGCAGUGUGGGAAUGAGGAGGAAUGGGGUGCUUAGCAAGGACCUGUGAGCUCUCAGCCCUGGGGCCCAUGUGGGGCCUGGGUCAGGCACUGCCAUUUGGAGGAAAAUUGUCCAGGGACCCUUCCUUAUCAAGGACUUAAUUCAGAGGCAGAGCCUACAGCUUUCCCCUCAAUCCUGGACCCUAAUGAUCAGUGGGAAGCAAAAUGGUUGUAGCAAAGGCUGCCAUUCCCCACUCCGACCUCCCCUGGUCUUUAAGAGGGGCAUUGUGAAUUCCUUAGGGCUAUUUUGCCCUCUCCAUUCCACUCUGGGAACUUGUCUUUGCCUGGCUUCAUUGAUUUUUGUUUCACUUAAUCUUUGCUUCCUUGCAGAUUGGUGCCAGAGGGCUGCGAUUCCCCUCUGAGGCAGGGGACUUGGUGGGGAGGACUCCCCACUGGGAGUGGAGACUCAGGGGCCAGGGUCCCCUGUGGAAGCAAGGAGCUCUGGGGCUGGGAUUCCCCCACUGAGGCAAGAGAUUCCCAAUUGGCUUUAUUUUUCCAAGGGCACCAAGAGAAAUAAUGGAGCAGUGAAGCCCAGUGGCUCCUCUCAACACUGCAGGCCUAGAUGGACAGACAGGGGCAGCCCUGCACUGCCACCCCUUUUGUCACUUCCCCUUUGUUGGCUCAGUGUUGGUAACCCAUUAGGGCUUGCUCUUCUUUCGAUGGGUCAGUAGGGCAGCCUGGCUCCCCCUCUAACUGCAUGUAAUUCCUCUUCCCCAACCCCCAUGCCUCCAUGCUCCCAUUUCCUGGAGGACCCAGAUUUUACAUCUGAAACAGCAGAGUUACUAGUGGUUACCUGAGAGCCAGCAGAGGAGGCCGAGGUCUGACAGCUGGGGAGGAGAUUCUGCACCUAGAGCCAUUCGUGGUGUAAUGCCUCAGCAUUCACUAAGAGCAUUCCUCUCUGACCCUUGGGGUAAAUCCAGGCCGCUGCUUUGGCUCCAGCUGAAUUGCUUCCAGCUCAGACCCCCUUCCUUUCUUGUUCACAGCUUGAGCUCCACACCAGUGUUUGCAGCUGUAGGACUGAUGCUACCUGACUCAGAUGCCCCUGUGCAGUAAUAACACCCCGUGCCUUUUGAGUCCGAUGGACAAGCUGAUCCUUCUACUAUAAAAGGAACCCUGCUUGACUGAGCUGCAAAACUGUCUUCUCCUGGGGGUUGGGUAACAGCAAAGGGAGGAGGCAGUGGCGUAGAAGAGGUUAAUAGAUAGUAUAAGACAG